AAGAUUGGCAUUCAGAUGCAUAAAAGGUUAAAAUUAUAGGUGCGAAGUUAAAAUCUUUAGGAAGAAAAGAUGGGAAAGAGAAUAGAAAUUUUGUUGAUAUGUGUGGUGUUGUUUAUGGUGUCAACCACGGUGGCGUUUGGACACCAUGAGGAGUAUGACACGGCUGCACCAACCCCAGCAGCGUCAUGGUCUGAUUGGGCCAAAGACACUUUCCAUAGGAAUUUCGGAAUGGACAAAGAGGAAACAAAAGCGAAAGCUGAAGAACUCAUGAAUGAUGCUGAAAAGGGAACAUCUGAAGCAGCUAGUUAUGUUUCCGAGAAGGCUGGCGAGGCGGCCAGUGCGACGAGCGAUGGAUUCAGCAAAGCGAAAGAGUAUGCAGAAGGGAAGUCUGAUGAGGCCAGAAAGACAAUGGAAACUACAGGCAAAAGGGUAUUGAGCUCAGUCUCCGAAAGCGCAGAGGAUGCAAAAGAGACAGUGAAGAGUGGCUCAGGAAAGGCUGCAGAGAGCAUGGAAGCAGCCAUGGAACAUGGAAAAGAAGACGUAUCAUAUGCGCUCGAUGAAGCUAAAAGUAUGUCUGGAACAGCCAUGGAUUAUGCAAAAGAUAAGGCAUCCAAGGCUACCGAAGAAGUUGGAGCCAAGAUGGGGUAAUUUCUUGGCUGUGAGCUGAGAGUGAUUUCAACUGCUGCAGCAGAUCACCCGCCACAUCCCGCCAUGUGAGUCAGCCUUUACAAUUAAUAAAAAUAUAUCUAUAUACAUACAUAUAUAUACAUAUAUAGUUUUCUGCAAUCUGUAAUUCUUUCAUUACUGAAAUAGAAAUGAGAGGCAAAAGCUGUCUCCAAUGGGUUUUUUCAA